UUUCAUAUUUAAUAACUGAACAAAUACCAUCCAUCGUGUCUAAUUAUUCUACAAAUUACCUUAGGAAAUAUGUUUUCUUGCAUAUUACACCGGUUAGAUCUCAUAUAGCUGCCGUCAAUGGGACAUGAGGAAAUGCCCAAAUGGCCUAGUGCGACCGGUCUAUAACCAUGGCAACCAAGCCCUGGAUACGACCCUGCAAACGUGAAGGUCAUUAAGCCUGACAGAGAGUUUUAUGUGUGCCCUAUAUUAAACACGAAACAAAGAGGUCACUCCAUUCUUGUGACCAGAGACAAGGUCAAGUAUCCCAGGUCCAGAGAUUUUGUCAUUGUCAGCAAGCAAGCUGGAGAAAUCAUGCAUAAAGUGUACGCAACUCAAGAAAAAGGAACAUACCGAUAUUUUGUCGCUGUAAGGGCCUCGUUGGAAGAUGUCAUCCAGUAUGCCAACUUUAACCAAACAGUUCCUGUCCGUUCCCUCAUGGAUGACAGGACGCUUGAGCACAUGCCGGAAAAACGCAUUUUUAAAAUUGCCUCUGCGUGGGAAGGAGCAGCCAUUAGAGGUUCCUUAGUUCACUUGGUAAAAGAUGAUCAUGUUUUUAAAUGUCUUGGACAUUGGUACAAUGUGACCAUAAGACCUGUGGCGUCUCAGUACAUUGUGCUACGACAGAGUAUGUCAAAACACAUUGGCGUUGGCGAUGUCGUCGUCGGCAGGGAAAGUCAGGGCUUCCUCGAGGACAUAGAGGAUGUUGUAACAGAAUCUGAGGCUGUGACGUAUCACGCCAAAGUGAAGACGUGUAGUCAGGCUAUGUCUUUUAGUUUAAUUGCUGUCUCUCCUGUCUCCACAUCUAACACUAUGUACUGUCACGGCGGAGAACAGAAUGACAGAAGCCUGCACAUUAGUGAGUCAGUGAAUCAAGAGACGGCGCCACCAGUCGUAGGCGACGUCAUUCCAGGACGUACAUCUGGCGCCUUUCUCGGUCAGGUUAUUUCAAGGUUUGAGAAAGGGGGCUACAUUUUCCUGGAGUGUAUCCCCAUCCAGGACUUAAACAAAGACACAGUGCUGACGUCUGCUCCCUACACUGCCUUCCACCCCGACAGACGACUGAACAACCAAAUAUCCACUGAUGGCAUAUUUACAUCACUGAAAAAGGAGGCGGUGUUUGAGACAACCUCAGCGUUAAGAAAGCAGCUGUCAGUUGACAUGAAUAUAGUGGUGACAGCAGGACUGCAGCUCCAUCUACAGUCCACUGUUCCCAAAGCACAGAAGAUAGGGAUCCGACUGGAUGCAACCAUUGACUACAAUAUGAACAACAGUUAUGAGGCAUUGGUCAGAUACACCGAAGUCAACGAAGAUCAUUAUCUUGUAUCUAAACGUACAUCUCUUGGCGUGCACUGCUUGGCUAUCUCACAAGACGUCUGCUUGCCUCUUAAUAUCGCUCUCCUCAACAUGAAGUACAGUUUUACGGCAACAUCCCAGGGCACUGGCGUAUUGCGACAUCAUUCCCGAGGACGAGUCCGGCAAACUCUCGGUGCAACUUGGAGAUAUGGAGCCGGUGGGGAGCAUUUUCACAGAGCUGCUGCGACUGACGUGACACAUGACGUAGAUCACACAGAUGACAUGGGCAAUGUUCAUAUAAACGUUGACAUAGAACCAGCAUUGCACGUGCAGUUUCCCAGUGCCUCGGAUACCAUAGUUUACGACCUCGUCAACCCUUCGCUAGUUCUCCGUUUUCUAGAGAAUUUGAUAGACCCCGGUGUUGUCAGCCAUUCUGAGACUGUCACAUACACGACUACAGCCCCUAUCACGGACAGUUUGGACAUUAUCACGUGUUCUAAGAUCUGUUCCGGGCGUGAGGGCGUGCACCUUGUGGUCCACAAAGCGGGGCCGGGGUACAGAAAAGACGCUGGGUUUCUUCGUUUAGAAGAGGCAUAUUCGAUUUUCAGAAGCCUUGAAGAAUAUGUGCUUGUUCCUGAUUCUGUAAAAGCUUCUGAGCACUGUAGGCCAGCUACCGUAGCCAGCACGUGUCCUGUUGGACCCGGUACCUGCCUAUGUCCUGAUGGAAGCAGUAGUAUUAAGUAUAAUCAUAGUUGCCAGUGUGACAAGUGCCCGGAUGGUAGAACUAAAAAGGUGGUCACUGAUGACCCUUCUCAGCCUGCGUGUCCAUGUCACUGUGCGGACGGUUGGCCACGGGAGAUGAACGCAGACGGCACGUGUGAGUGUGGCUGUGAAUGUCCAAAUGGCGGUUAUGGUACCGUUAAACCUGAUGGUGGCUGUCAUUGUUCAUGUGAAUGUAAAAACUGCCAGAACUCGGUUAUAGCUAGUGACGGAACGUGUUACUGUCCGAAUGAUAUCUGCCCGGUGUGUGACUCUGCCUACGAGCCCCUGUGGGAAGACUGUCACUGUGUUUGUCGUGAGAAGACCCAGUGUGGACUGUACCCUGCCUGUGUACGAGGACGACGUGGAGAGCAGUGUGACCAGCCGGACUGUGAGCCAUGCAGUUUUCAGACAGACAACGGGUUGCAAGAAUGUUUCGGCAAUGGUGUUUGCACCCCUCAAUCGUACCUCUGUAGCUCCAUGUGUGUGUGUGCCCAAUUCUGGACAGGCGUCUGUUGUAAUGUCAGAAUACCAAGAAACAUGGGAGGUGAUCCUCACUUACAGACAGCAGAUGGUAUAUCCUACGACUACCAUGGUAUCGGGGAGUUCUGGGACUGUAUGAGUACAGCUAACGACUUUGGCGUACAAGUCAGGUUCUUCGGCUAUAAACAAGCGUCACUGGUCGGUGCCGCCGCGGUCAAGGUCGGUCACAGUGUGGCCACCAUUACUACACCGGCCAAUGCUACUGAAACCACUCUUCCUACUUUAAGAAUUGACGGACUAGUCCAGAACAUAACCAAAAACAACACAAGAUUGACGCUUAACAACGACACCGUCAUUGUAGAUAUUGCUAAGGUCAGGAACAAUGCCACUGGUGCCGUGAUGAUGAUUGCAAUCCAGUAUGACACCGGUUGUCCUGGUCAGUGUAAUGGUAAAGGGAGGUGUGUGAACAGAACUUGUCAAUGUAACGACGGCUGGACUGGAACUGACUGCUCUAUAGGUAGUGACUGUAGCAUCGUUGCAACUUGUUUCAACGUGUCUGAAUGCUCCAGUCACGGGGUCUGCGUGGACUUUGACGUAUGCAAAUGUGACAGCGGAUGGGCGGGGCCAAAUUGCACAGAGUUUUCUUGUGAACGUCUGGCGGCGUGCUCAGGCCACGGUCAGUGUAAAGGAUACGAUGUAUGCAGUUGUGACAAUGGUUGGCAAGGAGACAGCUGCGCUCUGCCAGACUGUUCUUCAAAUAAUGACUGCUCCCUACACGGGGUGUGUACGUCACCUCACACGUGCACGUGUUAUGACGGUUACCAUGGUGAAAACUGUACCGCAGUGAAGAAUUGCACAUCGUUAAAUGACUGUAGUGGCCACGGUAUAUGCGCUGCCUUUGAAGGGAAUGAUACGGCUGUUAUGUGCAGGUGUUUUGAAGGCUACCGUGGCGACACGUGUGACACCGUCUCAUGUUCUACUGUAAACAACUGUUCAGGACACGGUGCGUGUUUGGAGCCCAACCUCUGUAACUGUGACACAGGCUUCGGGGGAAAUGACUGUUCUAAUUUCUCAUGUGAAGCUCUUGGAUACUGCUCUGGCAAUGGACAGUGUGUAUUAUUGGACACGUGCUUGUGUUCUGCUGGCUGGCUGGGUGAACGCUGUGACGAGCCCGUCUGCCGUGAUGUGGCCAACUGCUCUGGUAAUGGAAGUUGUGUCUCACCUAACCAGUGCGAGUGUCUGGAUGAAUACGACGGCGUCGACUGUUCUAUUAGAAUUGGUUCUAACUAUCACAGCCCAAUGUUUGCAUACAACUGGUACAAUGGCACUGUGCCGGAAAAUGCCCCACCAGGGACUAUUAUCGUGUUUCAAGAGAACAUUACCAUGAUUAACGCGACAGACUUAGAUACAGGGCGAAAUGGCAAACUUGAGUAUACUUUCUCUGGAAGCAAUGGAGCAGAGCGGUUCUUCAACAUGGACAGUCAGGGACAGUUAACAGUGGUAGCCAAACUGGACUACGACAGUCUUCCGCAGGAGUUCAUUAUGACAGUAGUGGCAUCUGACAAGGGCGUACCACCCAAGAGUGCUGCCUCCAAGGUCGCCAUCAUUGUCCAAGACGUCAACGACAACGCACCACUUUUCCAGUUGUUUGGUUUCCCAGAGAUACCAGUGAAUGCCAGCGGCGAGCUAGGACGAACGGUAGGGCGGUUCCUGGCCACAGACAAAGACAGUGGGUCGUACGGAACGGUUCGACACUCUAUAACCAACGAGAGCAACCCUGAUGCUGUAUUUGCUGUCAAUGAAGACACCGGAGAGCUGAUCGUCGUGCGUUACCCAGCCCAGUAUCGAUAUGACCUUACCAUUUUGGCGGAGGAUGGAGGAGAACCACCAAAGUCCGCCAUCUUGCCUGUUGUUAUUUCUGUCCACGGACACAUUGUUGAGGAACGAAAUGAUACAAUCGUUGUGAACCCUACGACUAACACCGUAUCACCGGUUUCCACGACCCUUGGGAGUUCUUCAACUACGGGCACCGCGGGUAAAGUGACAAGUGGUGAGACAGUACCAACGCCGAAGACGACGACAACACAAGCCACUGUGGUAAAGUCCCCACAAGCACCAUGGUACCAGACGGUGGGAUUCAAGGCCGGCGCAGGCGCAGUGGGUGGAGUGGUGGCACUGUGCCUUAUUGCUGUUAUUGUCUAUCGCUGUGUCUGGGGACAGAAAUAUAAAGUCAGCUCAAUGCCAGAGCAUCCCCGUAGAUCGCCCCCCAUGGCCUACACACACCAGAUGACAUCUAUUGGGGCAAACAAAUACGUCACGGAAGGAGACAUCGGCAACAUUGAGGACAUUGAUGCCUCGGCGGAUAGUGAGAACGAGACUGACUUCGCUUCAUUUCCACCUGGGAGACACGCUUUUAGCAAUCAGGCAUUCACUUAG